GGCUUCCAACAUGGCGGACAAAAGCAAUAGAAAGUGAGCCACGCUUUCCGUGGCUGUAAAAGUCUCCUACGAUGGCUAGCGAUAAAGCAAAAGCUCCUAUGAAGAGAACUGUGAUUGUGUUGGAUCACAGUUCCAAAUUUCUGACGUUGUCUAAGCAGCAUAUUGACUUUGAUGGUGGAGGGAAAAAAAGCAAGAGCAAAGGUUCCAGCUCGACUUCUUCACCUGUUUUCAAGAGCUCUUGGACAUGCAGUAUCGAAGCGGCAGUCGAGUACUGUAGAAUUGUGUACGAUAUAUUCCCAAAUGAGUAUCUGGUAAGUCUGGUCACAUUUUGUAUUUCGUGCUAUAUUGAUUUGUGUGUAAAUAAUUUUCCUCGUCUCGUAAUUCACGCUAGAUAGGUUGGAAAACAAGUCUUUCCUUUUUGGAAAGAUAUCCGUAUAACCCCACACUAUUCUUAAACAGAACCGUAGCCCCAAAUGUAAUCCUUUGUUUUUUCGCCAUUGUUUUCCAGAUCCAAUAACUGUAUGCAUAAUGAAGUAUGGGGCUGUGUGGGAAUCUUGCCCUUUUUUUUAAUAGUAUUAUUCAGUCGCAGUUGUUUUGAGCGGCGAGAAGAUAUGUACUGGUGAGGAGGGGAAGAUGAAGGGUGGGGCUAAGAAGGGAUAGAGGUACUGAAUUUUUUAACGCUCUCCGUAAGAAAUAAGAGCUGACAUCUUACUGUAAGAAAACCCAGUCUGCAGAGUGUGGGGGAACUCGACGAGAUCUUGUACAUGCAAAGGCAAUUUUGCCUGAAGAAAUGUAGAGUAAGAAAGAAAAGGACUUUAAAUUAAAAGCAAAAAAACAAGAAGAAGAAAUUGGUCUUUUUCAAUAAUAUUUUGUAUUCUUUUUUUAAGGUCAAGGUAGUUGUUUCUGAUGAUGAUGCCCAUGUCAUGAACUCUUGGUCUCAUGAACAGCAGUGUGUUCCACAAGUAAGGAUAACAUCAAAUUACAUUUAUAAGCUCAGUCCACUUGUAUCUGAGGUUCAAAUUCUUGUUGGCAGAUAGACUCUGUCACUGACUGGAUAGACUGUGCAGAUUUUUUCUCAGCUUAAACCAGAAAUAACACCAAAAACUAGGGCUUAUUCUUGUUUCUGUAGGUAGACUCAAGCCUGUACUUAGUGGUCAACACACAAAUUUACUGUGGGUGACUGCUUUAUACAGGUUUGACUUUAAUUCAUUCUAAUUCCCUUAUGUUUUUCUGGACUUAGGCCAUUGACAAUUUCCCUUCUCCACCUCUUCCUGUCCUGGGCUUGCCUUUCAAGUGUGGUCGAGGUGUGACUGCAAUUCUUCAUCUCAGCCUGAACAUCUUGCUGCUAGGUAUUGUUUCGGGCAUCCUCUUUUUUGUUUGCCCGAGGGAUUCUAUUUCAAGGGUUACUUAGUAACACUGUCAGUAUUUUUCCUCAAGGAGUGGCCGAUCCAUUUCCUCUUCCUCCAAAUGAUUUUUAUUUGAACAGGUACCUGACCUGAUCUUUCCCUUAGUUCCUUGUUAGUUAUUUGCCAUGAAAUUCAUUGUUCUUAAUGGUAUUUGAUAGCUAUUAAAGUCUUUUGCUGGCCUUGGAUCCCCUAAGGAAGAUAAUGGAGAAAACUGUUCCAUGAUAUAUGGACUAACAUCAGCUGUCCAAUGUCUCUAUGAGCCACUACCUCAAAACUCCAAAACGCAUCAAACAACUUCUGCUGUUGAUACAGGAAGGAUUAUUUGCUUCACAAACUUGAAAAAGUCAGUCCUGUUUUUGUUAUGUCCUAAAAGUGAACUUGUGUCGUAAUGUUUAGCUCUCCAAAAUUAGCUUUCUUUAAUUUGUUAGCGUCAAUUUUAUUUCAGUGGCUUUGAUGUUAUUUUUAAAUGUAAUAAUUUGGUUACUAGACUUAACCAAUAGUAUUUAAAUUAAAGUACAUGUAUCCAUUUUAUUUUCCUUGUGUUCACCGUUACAUCCAAACUUUGGUAUGCGUAUUCUUCAAUCUGUUCAUUUUACAUCUCUUAUUGUACUGUCAAGUAGAAAUUGUUUAACAACUGAACACUUCUUAAGUUGAUUAUUUCUUUUUACUCUAAUAACUUUAUCUACUGUAAGGAGAAAUUACUGAUGCUAGUCACUCUUGGGGGUUAAAAGGUUAACCCUUUGACUCCCAAGAUCCAAAUAUCAAUUCUCUACACCGUCGGUCAAACAUUUCUAAUCAUUUUAGUUCUGAGAAUUUGGUGUUAAAUUACAAAGUAUCCUCGCAUUGAAAAUUUUUGUUUUUCUCAGCACCUUUCUUCUUGACAAGAUAUUCAUUCUUGAUGAAAAGAUUGGUUGCUCCAUUCAAGUUGUUUUAUGUAUUGUGCAGGUGUAUUGGAAGAUGGAUCCUCCAGGAUCAGCCAGUUAAUAUUGUGUUACCAUUUCUUUUAGCGAAGGCCAUGUCCAUGCUCUUGUAGCAUGUGUUACUGAUAUACUAGAACAACAGAACAGUGGAGUGGGUUCAAGUGACAGGUGAGAAAUUUAAAGAAAUUUCUCCUGAGGUCAUUUUUCUUGUGUGUGUUUUGUUUGUUUUGUUUUUUUUUAUUGACUUCAUUCUUUGUUUCUUUUUUACUUACAAUAUUUUGUAAGAAAAGUAAAGACUAAAAAACUUAAUCUUAUUAAUAACAUUACAUUUUCUUGGAACAAAACACAUACACUACUGACGUUACUUACAAUUAGGCUUAGAUAAUAACUGGAAUAAAUUAGUUAAGUUAACUUGACUUCAUUCUUUGGACAUGUAUAAGUAUUCUUUUUUAUUCUUAUUAAAUGUCAUUAAACGAGAGAUGUUCUAGGAUUUUUUAUUUAUGAUGUUUUAUAUCAGUGGGAAUAUAUCGUAGUUUUGAUUUGUGAUUUCUGGCACUUUUUUGUAUUCUCCAUACUAAAAGAGAAAAAAGUGACUUCCAUCUGGCCCUUUGAACCAAUAUAAACCAUUCUUUUUAUACACGUAAGGCAUUUAAUGGUAGACCUGUUUGUUGGUACAAAGAUAGUUUGGAGUGAUAGCAAUUUUUGUGCAAAAAAUCCCCUUUUUAGUGUCCAACCAAUCAAGAAUGUAGACCUCAUUUUAAUUCAUGUCCCUUUGAGUGGAGACAGUGGAAAGUUUACAGAAAAAGCACCAAAGGUAUGAACUUGAUAGGAUUACUAAAGACAUGAGAUUUAACCUUCUCAUUUCUGUGAUCAUAAAGCUUAAUUCUCCAAGCACAUGGCCCUAUUAUUUACUAUUGGCUAGUAUUGAGAAUUUGGUGUUCUACACCGCAUGAUAAUUUCAUUAUCAUGUGGUGGUUCAUUGGUCUGCCUUAGAAGAACCUUUAUGAACCUGACCGAAUCUGAGCAUUUAAGCCUUGUAGAGAGGGAAUGCUCGUAAUAUGAUAAAUAAAUAAAUAAAUAAAUGUACAGUACCAAAGGUGAUAAUUUGUGCACCAAAAUUAGUCUGACUCAAUAAAAAAGAAAGGUCACUGUGCUCAUUCAAUAGCUAAUGACCACUGUGCCUCUUUACCUGGUGAAUUGAUUGAAAAAUAAUACAGGACAUGUCCUAGAGAUGUGCACAGGCUCAUUGGCCUGAUUAUGUGAUUUUUGUGUGCAGUACAAGGUGCGCAGUGCAAUACUGAGGAAUCACCUGAAAGGAAAAAUUAGUUUGGGGUUGAUUUGAUGUGAUAUUUUUUCUUGGCCAAAAUACCCCAUAGAUACCUUCAAAAUUUAUAAAUAGCUUCUUUGUACAUUACAUUCAAAGUCCUGUUUGGAAAUUGAGGACAGCAGAAAAAAUAUUUUAAAUACAAUGUCAGUCAUAAGUUUUGCUGUAAUAAAGAUGAAAAUAUUGUGCACUUUUCCAGGGAUCAUCUUUGCUGUCAAUAACCAUCAGCUCCCACAAAGCAUCUCAGCUGGUUAGUAAACUCAGCAUCAUGGCACAGAAGCACUUUCAUCUGAAGUCUACAACAGUCACAGGGAUACCAAUGAAAGUAGGAUAAUUUUUUUAGUGGUGGACACUGUCCUCUAAUAUUCUGUUUCUUUUGAGUUCGAAAAGAAAUUUUUGGUUUUUGGUGAUACCCAGAUGCGUAGCAAGGGUUUGUUACAACUAUAGACUGAAGGAAUUUUUUUGCAAAUGAAUUUUUUGUUUGUCAGGAAGAGCAGCACUCUGGAAGCUCAGCUAACUAUGAUGUGGAAAUUGUCCAUUCCUCUCAAGUGCAUAUGGAGCAGGCUGUUGCAAGUAAGAUUGCCUCCAUACCACAACCAUUUUUGAUGUUUGCCAGUAUGCAAUUUUAAGUUUUUCCCAGUGUUUGACUGGCAAGCCAGCAUGUCUCUCCCAAAAUUACAUGCUGUACAUUACAGACUAAUUACUUAAAUGAUUUUAUGAAAUUAUUAUAGACGUGUUUUGUGGUGAUGAAACUGCACCAGGGAAAAAGGAAAGUCCUGGAACAUCUAAGGAUACUGUUCAUCUGAAGUGGUGCACACCCAAGACAACAUCUGCACCAGGUAUGUACCCACUUCCUGCCCUGCCCAUUCCCCACCUCCUGUCCUGUCCAUGCUACACCUCCUCUGCCUGACUGAAGAUAUGUGUAGUGGUUCAAUUUUUUUCCUUAGUUUAAAACUUUUUAAACAACUAUCAUUUUUACUUGCCUUUGUCUUUUGCUCGUUGUCAUUUCCUGACAUAAAGGAAGGUGAAAAAAUCAAAUUUGUUUCAUAGAUUUAAAACCAAUAAAGGUUAUUCCACCACAACAUCUGAAUUUGAUACUCAAAAGGAAUCCCUUAUAAGUGCAUUUCUGAUUUCGAUUUUCAAGCAGUCCUCCACAGAGAAAUCAUUCCUUUUCCUUUUUUUGGUGUGUGGCUGUAUUUACUGUUAUUUUUUACCAGACUUUGUUUUUGUCAGCUUCAUUUUCUGUUGUUUCAGAGCUUCAAGCUUGUAUUGGUUGUUAUAGGAUCACCCCAGUAGAGGUAAUGUUGAAUUUUACAUCAUGGUAAAUGAUCUGAAAGUUCCUAAAAUUUAUUUUGUAUUCAUUAAAACAUUUAAAUUGUGUGGUGAAACUUAUAUUUUCACUGAAUAUUUAUAAACACUUUUUCUCUCUGUGCAGGUCAACAGUAGACCUACAGCAUGCCUCAUUUCUUUCCUCCUACAAGGUAAACUUAAAAACAUAACACGUCAAAGAAAAAAUUUCGUGUUUUUAGUAUCUUUUCACACAAAAAUUUUAUCAAAUCAGAAACAAAUAUUAUUAUGCCUUUGUUUUUUCCAAGCAAUAUAGACAGUGAGGUAGAGAUUUGUUUUAAGGCCAAAAGCAGUGAUAAAAAUUUCAGAGAGAUCUCUCCCUCUCUGAAAAAAAGCCAGGGCCUAAGAAGAGAAAAAUUAGUUCACCUUGAUUCUUUUUCCUUGGUCCUUAGCCUUUUGAUUGGCCUUUUGGUCUUAUUUUUUAUUUCCUGACAGGUCGACAAGUUAUGUUAGAGCAGCCUAAGAAGUCUGGUGGAAAACUGGUGUCCCAUAUUCUGGCAAGUCAUGGAGGUAUCAAGGAGCUUUUGCAUUAGUUACCUCAUCAGCUGGUUUUGGGGGGGGGGGGAAGAGACAGGUAUCAAUUGCUUGGUGUUUUUCAAGUUAGCAGAGACAAGUGAGAAAGCAGCACAAAGGGCAGAUCAACAGAAAAAAAUGUCAUUUGUUCUGCAGGCUUUUACCUUACAUGCUUCUGUUAACCCCUUUUUAUACCCCAUAUCAAUAUGCAUAUUCUCCAUACAGCUCCUAAUACAUUUCUUAUAGUCCUGAUAAGGAGAAUUUGUUUGACAAUCAGAAGCUUCUUUAGUUCAUGAUCAUGCUCCUUAUUCUCAUGACCUUAAUGUGUGAUUCAUCAAGGAUGCUCUGAGGAGAAAUUGGAUCCAAGUCUCUUUUAGGAGUUACACCUUUACACCCCAACAUCAUUAUGCAUAUUCUCCUUACUGUUCUGUAUACAUUUCCUAAGAUGCUGACAAGGAGAAUUUGUUUAACAAUCAAGAGCUUCUUCAGUUGAUGAUCGUUACCUUUAUUCUCCUGACCCUUAUGUGUGAUUCAGGGCUGAUAUUUUAAGGAGAAAUUGGAUGCUGGUCGUUCUUUGGAUUCAAAGAGUUAAAAGGGUUAAGGGUUGAAUUCAUUAGCAGCAGUCCCAUUCAAAUUCUUAUACUCUUGUUCUUUCAGGUGAUAUUUUUAUACAUUGCUUAGCGACGUACCGUACCCCAAUGGAAGAUCCCCCAUCCAUUAGUGAAGGGUGUGGCGGCCGAGUAACAGACUACAGAAUCAACGUGAGUCUGAUUAAAUUUAAGAUAUAAAUAAACAAAUAAAUAUAAAGACGUUUUCAGAAACGUUGCAAUUUGAACAUAAUACAUUUAUACCAUUUGUGCGAGGAAACAAAAAGUGUAUAUGUUUCAUAUAUUUUCUUUUUUUCGAAUUGGAACGUUUUUGAAAACAGGUAUAUAUAUAUGUAAGAAAAGUUGAAAAAGCUUCGAGUUAUCGGGAGUGAAAACAAAGGACCGGAUGUGGGGGAAAACGGUGUUUAGCGUUUUUUCUAUUCACACAGGCUGUAUUUAAAUCAAUUAUCUAUCAUUAUUGAUAGAGAAGUCAGUACACGGAGUAAAUGCAUGGCGGAAAUCAAGGAGAAAAGAUUUUGGUUCGAGUUAGCGCGAGGUUCGAGUUAUCGACAGUAGUAUACAUGGGCUCGUUGGUCAAAUUUGUGCACAUAGGACUAGUAACGAAAAUUGUUUCAUUUUAAAAGUUGUUCGUCAAAUAUGUUUUUUUUAAGGAUUUUGGUGAAUUCAUGAAAGCAAACAGACUUGCGCCUUGUUCAUGGAACAAAAAGAAAGGAAAGUCGCCCCUAGAUAAAGGUAUUUAAGUUUUACAAAUGAAGUCAACUGCCAUUUUGUGGAAACCGUGGAUAACCUACAUGUGUCAGUCAUUGAAGUAGCUCUGUAUGUUAACUUUAAAUGGAAAAAUAUUCUGCAGGUCUGGCAAGACUGGAGCGCUGUACAAGAUACUGGCCUAUGGUAAUCGGUGAAACACUGCUUUGUAACAUGAUGCAGGUAUGGAAGUAUUGACAAUGUAGUCAACCAUUGAGAGUUUUUUUGCUAAAAUGCCACAGAGACACCUCUUCAAAACGUGAAAGGGCCAUCUCCAUUGUGAAUGUUUAAAAGUAUUCAUAUAUUUUUUUCUGUAGUGGAAGUUAAUUCUGUUCAUAUGUUGCACAUUCAAACAGCUUUUAGAACCUCUGCCAACACUUAUGGCGAAGGAGACUGUUACAGAAAAUGAUGUACUUGAAUGCAAAAGAGUAAGAACAUGGAUUUCAUUACUUUUAUUUCUUACUGGUGAAAAGUAAAUAAAUAGAUAGAUAAAAAACGCCUGCACAUCAGAGCUAGGAUAAGUUUCAGAAUUGACUUUCCACGGUUGAUUAGAGUUAGCUUGUUCCGGGCGUUUAAUUAGUAAAACGGAGUUAAAACAGGAGUAGAGUUAAAGGUUUUUUGACUUGUAUUGGAGUGUCUUUUGUGAAGUUUUUUCACACUGAAAGCGAAACUAAAUGAAAGGCGCCAAGCUGGAUGAAAGAUUUACGUUGACUAUGCUUAAACAACUGUUUUUGUUUUGGAUAUAUAGGUUAUCUACAGAGUUCAAGCCAUGGAAAGUAGGAAUGAUCCGCUACCAGUGUCUAUGACUGGAAUCAGAGGAAAAGGACCGAAAAGGUAACUUAUAUAAUACCAACCAAUUAGAACUGUGAUGAACAACGCUUAUAACCAAUCAGAAUUAAGAAAGAUACGAGAGAUGUCGACCGCGGAAAAAAACUAAGCGGUUUUCAUGGGCGGUAAGUUCUGUAACCUCUUGCAAACGUGGGGAAAAUACAAAUUAACCAAUCAGAACAAUGAUGAACAGUGCAAUGAACCAAUCAGUACUAGGAAAGAUACAAUUGGUGUCGGGCCCGGGAAGAAUGAAACGACUGUAACGGAAUGAAAUCUCAAUCACAUGUGGUAAGCGUAGGAAAAUACGUAAUAGCAAAUCACAUCUGUGAUUGACGAUACGAUAAACCAAUCGGAAGACAAAAAGUUACAACUGGUGUGAAGCGCAGAUAUAUACAGAUUGCGUUAAGGGCGAGAAGUUCCAUUUCCUUUGAUAGGCGCGGGAAAUUAUGUUACUAGCGCAUGAAAAUGUGAACCAUAGAUUUUAUUCCGGGCACAUAUUAUUGCUUUGGGUAAUUACGUAAACUUUUCACAAGCAGAUUAUAUGACUGAUGUCUUUUGUUUGUUUGUUUGUUUGUUUGUUUGUUUUUACCAGAGAGGAACAGUAUCGGCAGAUUUGGGCUGAAUUGGAGACUUACCUAGAAGCUGCCAGUAGAACAUCCAAAAUGCAUGAAAAGGUGACGACAACAUUCCUUCUUCAAAACGCCAUGGAUCUAUUAAACCAUUUACUUGAUUAUCGACGCCAAUUUUUUUUUAUGCAGAGUAGUGGAUACAAAGGCGAAAAGUUUGGCGACUCCUGUAAAAAGCACGUUUUUACGCUUAAGUCUCGUUGCCUAACGACAUAUCUCACAAGAACUUAGAGAUUUAACUAGUCGAAUCCCUCUAGUUUCAACCCUUGACCAUGUGAAUACUUGACUGUUUAUAAAGCUCUGAUUUCUUCGGAAUUGCGUGUCCAAAAUAUAUCUUGUUUAGCGAAAUAAUUCCAAGUCGUAUCUUGUAUUUUUUUCUCGAAGGUGUUGGAAUGCCUGCGUGGCACCAGUCCGUCAAGUAGUACCACAGACAGCCCAAGGAGAGAGACACCCACAGAUGAACUUGAAAGUGGGUAUAUCGCUCACCCAUCUCGCCUCGUGGUUCAUUCUUUCCCUUUCUACUUGCAUUUUACUUGCAAAAUAUGCACGACACAAAAGCAAUUUGAGUGUCCAUCAAGAAAAAAAUAUUUAAAACCCUUUACAGCCUAUUAUCAGUAGACAUAGUCUCCAUGCUGUUCUGUUUACAAUUCCUGAGAUGCUUACAAGAAGAACUUUCUUCAACAAUCAAGAGCCUCUUAAGUUGGUGAUCAUUUAUUUUAUUCAUAAUGUGUGAUAUCGUAGAGAAGAAUUAGACUCAAGUCACUCCGAGGGAUUAAAGGGUGAAACGAAACGUAAAAUCUUUUUGCUUGAGGUUCGUUACCAUGAAAAAUUAAAUUCAAAUGCACGAAAAUGUCACUGCCUUCCCUGCCUGCCCUCGGAAGACAACUUGGAAUGGUUUCACCCUAUUGCUUCCGCAGGCGUUAAUCUUUUCUCUCUCUUCUACAGAAAAUAAUCAUUCCAAACUUUCAGAAGUUUCGCUCUCUUGGCAGGAGAUUGACAGGUCAAUUUAUAAAGUAUAUAGCAGCUGUAGUGUUUAUCUCUUUAAUUAUUACUCUCCAAAAGAAUCGCGUUCAAUUUAUCCUUUCUCAAGGUUGUAACAGGUUUUUUCCCCCUGAAUUUGUAACCUCUCCUUACUUUGCGCACUUGUUUCGUUAGUUUGCUGGCAGUGACAAAACCAGGUGGGGAGACUUCAACGCGGUGGAGCGUCCACAACUCGUCCUCGUGUAACGAUAGAAAAUAAAGGAGGUAAUCUCAUGAUAAAUUUUGCUUUUAAAUAAUCUCUUUCAGAUACCAAAGUAUGACGGAGCGCGAGAAGACUGAUUUCAAUCGCGGAGAUACAAACAAUGAACACUUCUUCAAAAGAAGUACUGCGUCAGUGGUUACGGAGCUGGCGCACAAGAGAUUGCGUACCGAUAAUCAACAUGGAAUGAAUAAACAGACGGGUAGAGGUGAGAAAAGCCAUGUGAUGAGGCUUAAUUUUGGUGUUAGAAAAAAUGUGUAAGCGUAGAUGAUUUCCUUAUACCGUGUAUUGUCAGUGAGGCAAAAGGACACUGAUUCAUGUUGACGGUUGAUUCGUUUCUUCCAGGCCCAGGAAGUUCUCUUCUCUCGAUGUGGAACAGUAAAAUGAACGCAAUAGCAGCCUCGCGGCACGAGGAAUUUGCUGGCAGGCUUCAGUCGACAGGGAACAAAGCCGAGCUUUACUCCAAUCCUAUGGACAGCGGAAGUAACAGCAGGUAAGGCUUGUACGCGUGUAACUAAGCAAAUUCUAAAUCUUCCCUUCCGCCUUCCUAGAAGGAUUCGAACCCUAAGGUAGCUCCGAUUCCGUGGUCGAAUGCUUUACCAACUGAGGUGCACAGAACACUUUGGCGAGCCGGGCAAUAAAGUACAACCAGCAAAACUAGAACCAAUAUCGAACAGGUUAUUUGUGAUUUCCUGCUAUUUGAGUUCUCGUUUUUUAGCUGUAGUGGGGUCCAGGGUGAGGGAAGCAGGCCCCUCUUGGACCCGUUGGUUUGUUUACUACUUGUGUGACAGAGAAAAUCUUGCAGAAACAGGAUCGCAUGAUACUACAAAGUAUUAAAUAUUUAGAAUUUAAUUUUCUUGCAAUAUUUCUUAGUUUGCUUAGGUCGUGGUGCAAAAAAGAUCAUAUGAUCUUUAAAUCAAAGUUUGGAAGCGGGAGCCCCCCCCCCCCAUAAUAACUUAUGUUCUGCUUAUUCGACACAAUCGAAACCCGCACUUAAUAGUUGAAUGUUGUUGUUGUUGUUUUUUUUUUGUUGCGUUAAUCUUUCAGUGGCAGAGGCACACCCGUGGAAGAAUGGCUGUAG